AUGCCGUCUAUCAAGAGGCAGGCAUCGGACAGCUUUUCCAAGCCACAGGCUUUGGUCAAGCGACAGAAAUCGAAUUCUGACCUUCGCGAUGAGAGUGCCGUUACGGUUACUGGCAAAGAUUCAGAUGGCGCCCUUAUCACCUCUGCUCUGCGCACAAGCGGCCUUACUGCACCCAUUAUGGAAUUGACAGGUCAUUCAGGCGAGAUCUUCACGACUCGGUUCGAUCCGACAGGUCAACAUAUUGCUUCUGGCUCUAUGGACCGGUCUGUAAUGCUGUGGAACACGUACGGACAAUCUGAAAACUAUGGUACCUUGACCGGCCACAAAGGUGCCGUCUUAGACCUCCAAUGGUCGCGCGACUCGAGGACAAUCUACUCGGCUUCCGCAGAUAUGACUGUCGCGAAUUGGGAUCUUGAGACAGGGCUAAGAGUGCGCAAGCAUGUUGGACAUGAGGAGGUUAUAAACUGUCUUGAUCUCAGCAGACGCGGCCAAGACCUUCUUCUCAGUGGCAGUGACGAUGGCACCAUUGGAAUAUGGGAUCCCCGGCAGAGAGCAGCAGUGGACUACAUUGAAACAGAUUUCCCUAUAACAGCAGUUGCGCUUGCGGAACAAGGCCACGAAAUUUAUUCUGGUGGGAUUGACAACGAUAUCAAGGUCUGGGACGCGCGUACGCUGGAAGUGAUAUACACUUUGGUUGGGCAUACAGACACUAUUACAUCCCUGGAAGUAUCUCCAGACUCUCAAACACUACUUUCCAAUUCUCACGACUCAACCGUUCGAACAUGGGAUGUUCGUCCCUUUGCUCCAGUGGAUCGAGCUGUACAAACCUAUGAUGGAGCGCCGGCAGGAUUUGAGAAAAACUUGAUUCGCGCAAGUUGGAGUUCCAAGGGAGACAAGAUCGCCGCCGGAAGCGGAGAUCGUACUGUGGUUGUGUGGGAUACGCGCUCGGCUAGGUUACUAUACAAAUUGCCAGGUCACAAAGGGACGGUCAAUGAUGUGCGAUUUUCGCCUUCGGAAGAUCCUAUCAUUGUGUCUGGCUCGACAGAACGAAAUCUCCUUCUGGGUGAACUUGGCAGAUGA